ACCGAGGCAAUGGAUGGAUUGAACCAUUCUGUGGUGUCUGAGUUUGUGCUUCUGGGACUCUCCAGUUCCUGGGAGAUCCAGCUCCUCCUUUUCCUCUUCUUCUCCACGUUGUACGUGGCAAGCCUGAUGGGAAACCUCCUCAUUGUGCUCACGGUGGCCUCGGACUCUCAUUUGCAAUCUCCCAUGUACUUUCUGCUGGCCAACCUCUCCAUCAUGGACUUGAUAUUUUGUUCAAUCACAGCUCCUAAGAUGAUUUAUGACCUUUUCAGAGAACACGAAACCAUCUCUUUUGGAGGCUGUCUAGUUCAGAUAUUUUUUAUCCAUGCAGUUGGAGGCACGGAAAUGGUGCUGCUCACCGCCAUGGCCUUUGACCGAUACGUGGCCAUAUGUAAGCCCCUCCACUACCUGACCAUCAUGAGUCCACGUAGGUGCAUUUCAUUUUUAUUUGUAUCCUGGAUUAUUGGCCUUAUUCAUUCAGUGACUCAGUUGGCUUUUGUUGUAGACUUACCUUUCUGCGGCCCUAAUGAAUUGGAUAGCUUUUUUUGUGACCUUCCUCGAUUGAUCCAACUAGCUUGCCUGGAGACUUACACAUUGGGAUUCAUGGUUACUGCCAAUAGUGGAUUUAUUUCUGUGUUUUCUUUUUUAAUUCUGAUGAUCUCUUACAUCUUUAUUUUGGUGACUGUACAGAAAAAAUCUUCAGGUGGUAUAGCCAAGGCCCUCUCUACUCUGUCAGCUCAUGUCACUGUGGUGGUUUUAUUUUUUGGGCCACUGAUCUUUUUCUAUUUGUGGCCAUUUCCUACUUCACAGUUGGAUAAGUUCCUUGCCCUCUUCGAUGCAGUAAUCACUCCCUUUCUAAAUCCGGUCAUUUAUACUUUUAGGAAUAAAGAGAUGAAGGUUGCAAUGAAGAGACUAUGCACUCAGUUUGUGAAUUAUAGUCAACUUUCUUAA